AUGCUCAUUCGUCGUCCCGAUCUCGAUGGGAUUUGUCUGAGCCGUCUUUUUCUGGGGGCGGCCGAGAGCAGACUUGGAGCCGCAGCAGUCUGCACGGCGGAGGAGGCCGCGGGCGGCGUUCACCGGCGUGAAGGGCUCCAAUUCGCUCAAGACAGGAGACAGGAGCCGCGCCAUGGCGGCGAGUCCUCUGUGGCGACCGUGGGGGGAAGGAAGGUGGCUGAACAGGAAGUGCGCUGUUUCAGCGUCUGCAGUCUUUCAGAGCAGUUUGGCUUCUUCCCAGGCCUCGAAAGGAAGUCGACGUCGUCUCUCCUCCCCGACUUGCUCGCGCGCAUCUGCCUCCGCUUCGCUCCCCUUUUCAGCUCGCUCCUUUUCUUCCUCGGCUGUCUGCCACCCGGCCCGUCGGGUUUGUUUUCGCCUCUCUUUCCGCGUGUGUCUCGACCUGUGCGCCGGUCCUCUUUUCGAUGCUUCGCCUCGUCUGCCACGCCCCCCGCGGCUCGCGCAGAGUCCAGCAGCGGCGGCGAGCUCGCGGAGUUGCUUCGCACUGCGCAGGAGCUCUCCUUCUCGCGUCCGUCUCCGUUUCUGGCCUCCUCCUCCACCUUUGCCUCCCCUUCCUCCUUCCGCGGCUCUCUGAGGUCGGCAUCUGCAUGGAGGUCGGCGAGCUCCGCGCCAACGAGCCUUUCUCCGCCCUUCAACGCUCGCCUUUCGCCGCCUGCCUCGGCCUCGGCAGCUUGUUCGCAUGCAGCGACUUGGGAUGAGGUACUUUUUCAGGCGCACGGGAACCUCGCGCGGCUCUCGACUGCGGAGCUACUCGUGCUUCUCGACGCCAUGGCUCGUUUCGGUCCUGCGUGUCUUCUCUCCUGCGCGCGCUCCAGGCGAAGACGUAGGGAGGCGAACGCCGCGCCCUCGCCCGCGGGGGAAGGCCCUGUCGGUCGCGAGCCCAGCGCCGCCUUAUCGCGUUCUCAAGGCGUCCGCGCCUUCACACUGGAGCAGCAGGGCUUUUCGGUGGAUUUCCUCGAGGCUGUUCAGGCGCAGGCGAUCGGGAAAGUCGACGAGUUGAGUCUCGAGGAAAUUGCCGCGUUCUCAAACUCCUUUCAGCUCCUCCAAACUGGCCACGAGCGCUUCCUCGCGGCGGCGAGACAGAGGCUUCUAGCUGAGCAAACAGUCGAAGAAAAAGAAGCCGAAACAGCUGAGCCCACGCUCGCCGGCGGAGGCCUCGGCAACGCGUCCUCCGAUGGAGACUCGCAGGCAGAAGCGGCUUCAGAGCCUUGGCGGCUCCUGCGACUUUGGCACGCUGCGGGCGCGCUCGGUCUCGCCGCGCCCGCCCUCGCUGUCGCUGCUGUGGAGUGUUUCGCAGGGGCUGCGGGCGCCCAGCGCAGAGUCGCGUGUUCCACAGAAGACCUCGUGUUUCUUGUGAGAGGUUGCGCGAUGCAUCUCGCCCGCCAGUCACUUCUCCUCCCUGUAUCUGGCGGCGCAGCAGAUACGCCCGCGGCGUCGCGUCCCUCCCUGUCUUGUCUUGGUGCUUCCGCGUCGUCGCUCGCCUCCGCUGCAGCCGCAGGCGAAGGGCGACGAGAGGAGAACGCGACGGAGAGAAGCGAAGAGGCAGCCUUUGACUGGAACGUCGGAGGCUUGCUUCUUGACGCGCUCGCGCAAGUCGAGGAACGGGUCUCCAGCCUCGACGCUCGCUACGUCAUCCUUCUCUUUGAGGCGCUUGCGCUGGUUUCCUACGCGCCGGGCUCUCUCGUUGACAAGGUGCUUCGCACGUGCGCGCUCCCGCGAGUGCCUUACAUGAGGCCCGACGAGAUCCUCGGACUUCUGCAGACGGUGGCGGCCCUUGACGUGCAGUUCGAUGACCUUCUUCAGGCACUGGGGGAGCGCGUGUCGCAGACUCUUCCGCAGUUCGAACUGCCCGCCAUGAUCCAGCUAGCUUUGCACUUCUCUGCGCUCGACUUUCCUCCAAAUCUGCUUCUCAGCGAGGUCGGCGCGCGGCUCGAUGAGGCUCUUGCAACGUGUGAUGAAGAGACUCUGCGCCAGCUGCAGACGCUCUUUGAACGCUACGGCCUUCCACCGGAGAGGAUCGUCGCCCAUCUGGACGGGCAGCUCGCGGGGUAA